UCUCUCUCUCUCUCUCUCUCUCUCUCUCUCUCUCUCUCUCUCUCUCUCUCUCUCUCUCUCUCUCUCUCUCAACGUACGCAAUGUUUCAUGACUUUCAUCCCAUGACUCUCUCAGAAAACAAGCGUCUGUCAGUUACACCCUUGCUCUCCGCUUCAUCAGAAACCACCACAAGCAGUGAGGCCUCCGACGACAGCCCGCCGGCCUCGUUACGUCUCGAACUCAAUGAUAUCAGGUACCGUCAUUUUCCAUGCACGAACUUAUCCGGGUCUUUCUCCUAUCGAUCACUGGCUGUGCUUUCCGGUCACAAAGGCUCCAUUUCGUGCCUGUCUUUGUGUGGAGAGUUCAUCCUCAGUGCUUCACAAGGCAAAGACAUCAUCGUGUGGCAGCAGCCUGAUCUGAGGCCGUUUACGAAGUUCGGACAAGGCGAUGGCUCGGUGAAGGCGGUUGUGACAGUUGGGAACAAGGUCUUCACGGCGCACCAGGACAGCAGGAUCAGAGUUUGGAAGGUUUCGCGAAGCUCGGAGAAUGUCUUUAGGCUUGUAGAUACUCUGCCUACAACGAAGGACUAUUUGGGGAAGUUCAUGAAGCAGAGCAAUUAUGUGCAAACGAGGAGGCACCACAAGAGGUUGUGGAUUGAACAUGCUGAUAGUAUUUCUUGUCUCGCUUUCUAUGAUGGGCUGGUUUACUCUGGAUCAUGGGAUAAGACCCUUAAGGUGUGGAGGGUUUCGGAUUUGAAGUGCCUAGAGUCGAUUAAGGCUCAUGAUGAUGCCAUUAAUGGGUUGGUGGCAAGUAAAGGGAUUGUGUACUCUGCUUCAGCUGAUGGGAAGAUCAAGGCUUGGGGGAAAGAGGGGAAGAGCUCACAUUGCUUGAAGGGUAUCUUGGAGGGUCAUAAGGAUGUUUCGUUUAACUCGGUGGUUGUUUCGGAGGAUGGGAGAUGGGUCUAUGGAGGUGGCUCGGAUGGCUUUGUGAUGGGGUGGGAAGUGUGUACUAAUGGUGGUGAUCAAAUUGGGAGAUGGAAGUUGGUUUGCGAAACGAAAGCGCAUCAAAUCGCAGUGUUGUCAAUGUGUUUGGUGGGGGAGAUGUUGUGUAGUGGAUCAGCAGAUAAGAGUAUAGGUAUAUGGAAAAGAGAGGCUUUUGGGAAGCUUGCCAAAAUUGGGGUUAUUAGUGGCCAUGAAGGACCGGUGAAGUGCUUGCAAGCUUCGCCGAAUAGUGUUGGUGGUGGGUUUAUGUUGUAUAGUGGAGGCCUUGACAAGAGCUUAAGAGUCUGGUGGGUUUCUAAUCCCUCGGCAACACAGAAGAGUACAGAGGAAAAGUCCAUCAUGUUGAUCUAGAAAUUCUUUUCAGUGUGUGUGUGUGUGUGUGUCCAGGCACCUUGUUUUUGGUUUUAGGUGUCUAAAAUUAUAGUUGGGGUCUUAGUUCAUACUUCAUAGUCGGAUACGGAUCAAGGAGUUCAUUCAGAUUCAAGGGCAUUCGAAAGGGCAAUUUUAAAGCCUGAAAUGUCAAAUAUUUUACGUUUGGUUUUGGGUGUUGAGUUUUUGUUUACGUUUCUUAUACUUGUUUUCAGAUAAUUUUGGGUGUAACUUGGUUCCUAGGAGUACAAAAGGGUCAUAGGAUAAUGGUAUGAUUACAUUUACAAUUGAAAGGAUUUAAGGUUUUGGUGCAUCAUCAGUGAUUUAUCAAUUGUAUUUAGUACUUUAGUUGAUCAUCAAUAGAGUCAAUUAUAUUCUUUGUAGUGGUUA